AUGGAUGCAAAGGUUUGCAUGCUGGGCUCCUCGGCGAUCGCCACAGAAACUCUGAAGAACCUGGUGCUGCCAGGCAUCGGGAAAUUCACGAUAGUGGACUCCGCAAGAGUGGAGGCUUCAGACCUUGGGCACAACUUCUUUCUGGAGGAGUCUGAUCUAGGCAAACUCCGCUCGGAGGCGGCCUGCAAGUGGCUGCUCGAGAUGAACCCCGACGUUCAAGGGGCUCACAUCGAUGAGGAUCCGGCAAAGGCUGUGGGUCAAGGGAAGGACUUCUUCCGGCACUUCUCGAUUGUUAUUGCCUGCCAGCUCACGGAGACCUUGAUGGCGCAGCUGGGAAGGUUGUGCGAGGAGCUCCAGAUCCCCUUGGUGCUCAUCACCUCAGUGGGCUUCAUAGGAAAGAUUCGACUGUUUGUAGCAGAGCACUGCGUCUGCGAGACGAAACCUGACUCUGAGUUUGGUGAUCUGCGUCUCACAGACCCAUUUCCAGAGUUGAGGAGGUUUGCAGACUCCAUUGACUUUGCUAGCUUGAACGAUACGGAGCACGCGCACGUGCCGUACGUUGUGAUUCUCAUCCGGGCUCUCGACUCCUGGAGGAAACAAGCCGAAGGAAGGACCUUACCCAAAACGUCCCCGGAGAAAGAGGCGUUUAAAGACAUUGUGUCAAAAAUGCGCCGCGGCCCACAAGAGGUCAACUUUGACGAGGCUCUGGCAAACGCCUACAAGGCGUGGAUGCCUUAUGUGAUUCCUGAUGCCGUGCAGCAGGUUCUUUCGCAUGUCGCCAACGCUUCCAAGAGCGACUUCUGGAUUGUUGCUCGAGCUGUAUCACAGUUUGUUCGCGACUGUGGAAAGCUACCACUUGCCGGCAGCCUGCCGGACAUGACAGCCAGCACGGACAUGUUCAUCAAGCUUCAGGAGAUUUACUCAAGCCGCGCAGAUGGGGACUUUGCUGCCAUUACUGCACAUGUGGCCACAAUUCAGAAGGAGCUUGGGGUGGACGGGUCAACCCCUGCAGAGUUCGUGAAGCGGUUCUGCCAGAACGCCUUGAACUGUGAGGUGUUUCGGUUCAGAUCGCUAGCAGAGGAAUAUCGGCCGCCGACUGUAGAAGAGGGCGGGGUCGACUUGGAUGAAGAGUUGCAGGAUGAGGACUCCUUGGUUUCAUGGUACAUAGCCCUGCGCGCGGCCGACAGAUUCAGGGAGGUGGCUUGCACUGCGCACUGCAUGAGCUCUUGGUUGAACGUGCUUGUUGGACCUCCAAGUCUCCACUUAGGAUCAAGGUUACUGGCCUGGCGCCAAAUGUGGGAGACCAAGGUUUGA